GUAUGAGGCACCCAUGCAGAACCUGUAGAAUGGUUCCAACAUUCUGAUGUGCGACGUCACUCAAGGCUCGUCUUUGGAGCUGCUGAGCUCAAACCAAUCUGCCGCUCUUCAAUGGAAGGUUCAUCAAGGUGUACAGCGAGUGUAUGACAAGGCCUUGAGAAGCUUCGUCUACCAGCUGCCCGCGAAUGGUAGUCAGGCAGUCAUGCAGCUGCCACGUGAUGGAAAAGAUCUUGGGCUUGUCCAGCCCUUCUUGGUGUUUCAGCUCUUCCUCCCUCAGAAUGGGAACCGACCUUUCUCGGUGGAAGUGGCCAUCACGGACACCACGUCCACGCGACGUUGGUUGCUUCUGGGCGCUGCCAGCCAGGAGGCGCAGACGAAUAUUCGCCAUGCGCGGCUUCCUUUACUUGGCUUGGCGAGAGGAUCAUGGUUUAAUCUUUGCCUUGACCUUCACUCCUUGGUCGACGGAGCCUUUGGCCAGGUGGUGAAGUCGGUCGAUGGUAUCGUGAUACAUCCAGAAUGCAGGCUUCGCAAAAUCUUCACCCUCCGGAGUCUUCCAGGGCCAGAGGUGCCCAAGUGCUUGCCAGAAGCGGAUUGUCCUCACGACGAUCGACGGGCUGGCGGACACUUGCCGGAUUUCUGUGCAGGCGUGGAGUCGAUGCACGUGAUGAGUGCCGAGCAGGUGCCCAACCUUUGCAACGGGCAGGCGACGGGUGAGCGCGAGUUGCCCAAGCCCCAGCCACCCGCUGAGGAGCGGGCGCAGUUGCAGGACUUUGCCGCGAUGCCGGAGGCAGCCUGUACCAGACGCCCCAGGCGUGAUACGGCGGAACUCCCGGAUGCAUGCGGCACCAAAAAGUUAUCAACGGCAGUCACCAUCGAUACCAAGGCCAAGGCUCCGCGAGCAAAGGCGGCACCGGCGCCCGGCUCCGCAGGUGCUUGCUAUGGCCGGCGUCCCACAUCCAAACAGAAGCGCGUUGAGAAUGCAGCCUGUCAAUCGAAGGCGCGGGGAUCGCCGACCGCGAGGAAGCUCCGGCCCUUGCCUCUGGAGAUCCGGAAGGAGGACUUCGGGAACUCCCGAGGCGCCUCGCAGCCGUCCAGCUCGGGCAGCACAUCGGUGGGCUCCAGGAGAGGGCGAAAACCAUCGAAAUGCAAAGUAGAUGAGGCUCCGGAAUCUAUAUCCCCUUCGCCGACUGCGGCAUACAAGCGGCGGCUAGCUCUGGCAAUGAAGACGCUGCACAAGACAGCCGAGAUCUAUGGCGCACCUGACGCUGUGGGUCAUACCUUGAGGCCGCAGGCAGUCCCGCGAUUGGAGCGCGCCAGCGACACGCAGGUGCCGCCUGGCAGAGAAGCACAAGCUUCGUUGCCGAAUCCCUUAGAGCCAGAUGCCGCCGCAAUUGUAGACGUGCCACCAAAGGCGGCCCCCGUGGACGCCUGGAGCGCUUUGAGUACUUCGGUCCGCCACGGGGAUGGGCCAACCUUCGCCGAGCUCUUUCGAGCAGGUCGCCAAAGUCUCCACUCGGGUGGUUCUACUGACAAGAUCCUAAGCGCUGAGGCGUUGUGCCAAGUCUCCGUUUCGUCGAAGGUGUUUGGAGAUGUGCUGUGCGCGAGCGAUCUGGGAUCCGCUUGUGACACCAAAGUCAAGCAAAUCCAGAACACGGUUGUGAAGGAGUCUUCGGACGUGCAGCGCAGCAGGAUCACUGCCAGAUCAUUGCCCAGGAUGAGUCUUCAGGAGAGUGAGAGUGCAUACAAUUGGGAUGAAGUCCCGACGGAGUCAGUGAGUGAGGAGGAGUGGCUCGAGGAGGAGAUUGAUGCUGAGGUGUCAACUCCUGAAGCUGGCAGUCUUCGGCCGGCUCAGGAGGAGCGCCGGAUCAAAUCAAUGUCUCCUGCGAGGAGGUGGCGUCGCCCGCGUCCACAGCCAUUCCUUCACCUGGAGAAGGCCUUGAACACAGUGCAGCCCUCGUCAGCUCCUGCAGAUGCCGACAGGCCUCUUGCGCAGUUGAACGGCGGACUUGGCGAGGAGGCGCCUGAGGCCGAGAAGCGAGAGGCUCAGCCAGAGCCCAGGUGUGGGUUGUCCAAGCAUCUAGCUGCACAACAGUUUGUGCUCCCAUGGAGGGGCGAAGAAGCUUUGACACACUUGCGGCCUUUGAAAUCGAAUGUUUGGUACAUGUAGCAUCCACUAAGUGGAUGCGGACCAGAGUGUGACCAGCUACGUGUACAGAGGCAGCUGCCACACUCUACCUGGGUGACCAUCCCAAUUAGUAAGUGGUCUAUAACCCUGCUUGGGACUC